UCAGUGCUCCGUUUUGCCUUUCGGAAUCUUGAUUAUCUGCUGAAGUACGGCUCGGAAAAGUUUAAAAAACAGUGAUUAUAAUCCUUUAAUAUCACCAAUAAUCUCCUUUCAAUAUCAAGUUUUCUUAACAAAGAAUAAAUCUCUAUGAUCCAGAGAUCUUCUUCCCUAAUCCCAACGGGUGACAUCGGUAUAAAAUCGUUUUCGGUGGUUCCUCGUGAUGGAAUCAUAAAAUUCACCUGAUCCUUCGGGUAAUCAAACAAACCAACUUGAGGAAGUUUCAUAACUUCGUUUCAUAAGAUUAUAUAUAGGAAGUGCAAUUCGCGAAACGUUUUCACUUUUUUUCCUAUUUUCCUGGGUGAUCUUUAGUGCUGGAUUCUUGUUUCUGUGAAAUCUGUGCAAGGAUUGAAUUUCUCCGGGGUUCAGAACGCCGGAAAUCUGCUAAAUUGCACGGAAAAAGCAGAGAAGAGGCAAAAUGAAGUUCAUUUCUUGUCAGAGAGGGAUCUAAGGGUAUUUCAGGAUGUAUACCGUGUGGCAGAAGGGUGAGCUGGUGUGGUUCGACCCAGGAGUCGGUCAUGUUCUUCCAGGAGAGGUUCUGGAAUAUCACAAGGCUGCGAACGUUCUGUCGGUCCAAGCAGUUAUCGCUGGGAAGCCUCAAAACUUCACACUCACGAAUCUCAGUGGAGUCAAACCGAGACAGGACCUGGGCCAGAAUGGCGUUGAAGACAUGAUUCAACUUUCUGAUUUAAACGAGGCAUCGUUACUAUGGAACUUGAAAAUCCGUUACGACAAAGAUUUAAUUUACACCUACACUGGCAGCAUUCUAGUUGCCGUGAAUCCGUACAAAAUGUUCGACAUUUAUGGCCUCGACCAAGUAAAAUUAUACGAGGGUCGAAUCCUUGGAACAUUACCUCCACACCUUUUUGCGGUCGCGUCUUCGGCCUAUAGCCAAGUAUCUACCGCCAACAAUGCAAGUGCCAACCAAGUUGUAGUGAUUUCCGGUGAAUCUGGUUCAGGAAAAACGGAAUCAACGAAAUUGGUAAUGCAGUACUUGGCCGCUGUAAACCGAGCACCUAGCAAUAUAGUUACAGAACAAAUUUUGGAGGCUGCGCCUCUUCUCGAGAGUUUCGGUAACGCGAAGACCCCAAAGAACGAUAAUAGCAGUCGUUUUGGAAAAUACCUGGAAGUCCAUUUUCGAGAUGGUGUGAUUGUUGGAGGAAGAGUCACACAAUAUCUUCUAGAAAAAAGUAGGAUCGUGACGCAGGCCACGGGAGAAAGAAAUUACCACGUUUUUUACGAACUUCUAGCUGGUCUCGAUCAGCAACACAGGGACAAAUUUGGACUUUUGAAACCUGACAAGUAUUUCUACUUAAAUCAGGGAGACAGAUGCGAAAUCGAUGGAAAAAACGACGCUGAAGACUUCAAAGCUCUGCUGUCAGCGAUGCAAGUUCUCGGUUUUACAUCCGAGGAACAAGACACGAUAUUUAAAAUUUUGAGCAGUGUACUCCAUCUCGGGAAUGUUUAUUUCAAUCGAAAACAGAUGAGACACGGCCAGGAAGGUGUGGAAGUUGGAGCAGAUGCAGAUAUACGCUGGGCUGCUCAUCUUUUGGAAGUAAACGCUGAUGGCAUCAUCAGAGCCCUAACGACAAAAACUACGGAAGCAAGGAAUGAAAGAGUCUUAACUGCCUUGAAUAUUGAUCAAGCUCUUGAUGCCAGAGAUGCUUUUGCAAAAGCCCUCUACAGUUCUCUCUUUUCCUGGCUGGUCACCCGGGUCAAUCACAUUGUUUACAAAGGCACAAAACGAACAGCCGCCAUUUCGAUCCUCGACAUUUUCGGAUUCGAAACCUUCACUGAGAACAGCUUCGAGCAACUCUGCAUCAAUUACGCGAAUGAGAAUCUUCACUUCUACUUCAACAAACACAUCUUCAAACUUGAACAACAGGAGUACGCGAAGGAGAAAAUCGACUGGACUACGAUUAAUUACACUGAUAAUUUGCCGGUGAUUCAUCUAAUCGCGAAAAAGCCUGUUGGAAUUUUGCAUCUUCUUGAUGAUGAAAGCAACUUUCCGAAGGCGACGGAUCUUUCUUUUCUGGAGAAGUGCCAUUACAAUCACGCUCUGAGCGAAUUGUACUCAAGGCCGAGAAUGAACUCGGCUGAAUUCGCGAUCAAACAUUACGCUGGGCAAGUUUGGUACAACGUGGAAAUGUUUUUAGACAAGAAUCGAGACACUCUCAGGCCUGAUGUUGUCGAAUUGUUGAUCAGUAGUAAAAUUCAGAUGGUGAGCAAGAUGUUCCAGCAUGUGAGAAACACUCACGAAGCAAACAAAACCGUGAACAAACCCAAUGGCAGAUUCGUCACGAUGAAACCGAGAACUCCGACCGUGUCUGCUCGAUUUCAUGAUAGUUUGCAACAGCUCCUGGAAUCGAUGUCUCAAUGUAAUCCGUGGUUUGUUCGUUGCAUAAAACCGAACACAGAGAAGGCGCCAAUGAAAUUCGACAUGCCUUGUGUUCUUGAGCAACUUCGUUACACCGGAAUGUUAGAGACAAUUCGCAUUCGUAAAACCGGAUACCCAGUUCGUCUUCUCUUUGCUCAUUUCGUUGAUCGAUAUCGCUACUUGGUUCUCAAUCGUCUUCCCAGAGGAGCUCCAAAUAAGGAACUUUGUCGGCUUAUUCUCGAAAAAGCUGCACCAAGAGAUGCUCAAACUCAAUACCAACUUGGUCUCACCAGAGUCUUUUUGAGAGAAUCGCUGGAGAGAACUUUGGAAUACAGCAGAGCGUUGAUUCUCGAAAGAGCUGCUAUCACUGUUCAGAGGUAUAUUCGAGGUUUCAUCGCUCGGAGGCGAUUCCUGAACAUUUCCCGAAGCACUGUGCUUCUGCAAGCAGUUUUUCGAGGCUACAGGGAUAGGAAAAAGUUCCAAAAUCUCAAAAAGGGUGCACUUAUGGCUCAGAAACUCUUUAGAGGUAAAAAAGAACGAGAAAAGUUUAUGAUUUUGAAAGAAGAGAUGGCAAAAAGAGCAGAAAUGGAAAGAGCGAGUAGGGAAAGAGCAAAAGCUAAGCAACAAAGAGAAGAACAGGAAAGAGCAUCGAGGGCCGUCGCAGGUGUUAAUCAUCUCGAAAUUCCUGCCGAACUUGCAUUUAUUUACAGCAAACUUGAUGAUUGGCAACCAACUCACACGGAGAGAAACUUGAUCAAAGUCGUGGGUUCAGUAGUAUCGCUUCCCUACACUUACAGUCUCCCCACAGACAUAGAUCAACAUCAGUUCUCGAAAUUCACAAAUAUUUACUUCAAGAGUCACAUUUUUGGAAUGAAACGGGAACCUAUCAAAACGCCAUUUUUAGCAAAAGCUCGAGAUCAAGAUUAUACUGAUUCAUUAAUGAUAUUCAAAAUGAUUCUGCGAUUCAUGAACGAAAAUAAUCUCAGCGGCAAAAGGGAACAGGCUCUGGGUGACUAUAUUGUUAAUAAGGGGAUCGUCAAUGAAAAAUUGAGGGAUGAAAUUCUGUGUCAAUUGUCCAAUCAAACAUGGAAGAAUGAAAAUGAUGCCAACAAGGAAAGAGGAUGGUUGCUGCUUUCCAACUGUCUUUCUGCCUUCCAACCGACUCCUACUCUCUUCAAAUACUUGCUCAAAUUCGUUUCGGAUCACGCGUACGAUGGCUACAAGGCUUUUUGCCAGCGAAAAUUGCUGCAAGGCGAAAGAGCUUUGCUCAGAGCCACUAGCAACGGCCAAACAACAAUUCAACAUGUGCCUAGAAAUUAUCCUCCUUGUGUUUUGGAAUGGAGAGCGAAUAGAAAUCGAGUAAACAUGGCAUUGACCGUGGGAUUCUACGAUGGCGAAACGACAACUUGCGCUGUAGAUUCCUGGACGACCUGUGAAGAUUUAGCAAAUCUCGCAGUUCGAAAUCACGGAGUUGAGAAUGGCGGAUGGACCGUAACUCUCUGGAAUCAAUUGGACGGUCCCGACGCAAUUGUCACCGAGACGAACGGAUUUGACUAUGUCCUUGAUCUCAUCUCCGAAAUGGAAUUGGCCCCAGCCUUCCCUGCUGCAAAGCAAAUGUUUUUGGAGCAGAGAAAGAAUAGCUUCCCGCCAAUUAAGAAGAGAGAGCACACGCAAGUCAUUCGGGAACUAGAACAAAGCGCGGAGCCACCUGUGCUGAAGACCUUCCAACCGCUCGAGAGGAAGCCACCACCGAAAGUCGUUGACAAACCGGUCGAACCGGAAAUUCAAUCGCCGAGACGUCCGGCGGUUCCUCCUCCGCAACCUCCCACUUCAAAAGCACCGAUGAGAAAACAGUCACACGAAGCUAUUCUAGAAACGACUGAAAUGGGAUUGUCGAGAAAGUCCGCUUUGAAUGACAGGUACUUUGAAAAGGAGAAGCAACGCAGUAGGAGUUUGGACAACCUUCUUCAACCGGAAGUUGUAAUACCGCCGAGCAAGCUUGCCGGAUUGGGAUUAUCAUCCUCGAAAUUAAAUGAAAGGUACCACAGUUUAGAGCGAAUUGGCGAAGCACCGGCUGUUAGUAAUGCGGAGUACAUGACGAGAAAUGAAGUUGUGCAAGAAAGAAAGUACAGUAGAAUAACAAGAAGUUCGGAACCGAAUAUUCUCGAAGAAGAGGAUAUUACGAUUGAUUUCGAGUAUCCAGAUAUUCAGUCAGUUAGUCAAACCGGAAGGUCUGAAGAUGACAAGAGCAGCUAUAUUAGAUCGCAAACUAGAUUUAUCAAGUCUCAAUACCCAGGAAAGCGAGCUUUGCCUGGAAGCCAAUCGAGCAGAGCCUACAUAGAGAAAAGCGAGUACGGAAUAAAAUCCUCCGCAAUGUCAGACACGAGCGAAGCUCCAUCUUUGGCUUCUCACGUUCGUCGAGUUCGCGUGCCAAGUCAGGCUUCCGAUGUCGAUCAAUUCCUCGACGAUCUAUUCAUGCCAGUCCUGGAUGGAAAUCUUGAUGAGUUAUCAGACGCAAGAAGUUUGGCUGCUAGCAUAAAAGGUUCAGUCGACGAGUACGAAGUUGAGUCUGAAAAGAAACUGAUUCAUCAAAAUGCAAGUUCAGUAGAUGAUUUUGUGAAAGCUGUAAUUUUGGAUUCCUGUGGAAAGAGGGAGUCUCAGUUGACGCCAAAGGUCCUUUCCGAGAAGAUAAAGGGAGAUGGAAACAUGGACAAUGCUAAUCAAAAUGCUGCUUUUAAUUUUAACGCUAUGGCUCAUGGAAUGAUGCCACCUGCGAUGAUGAUGCCGAUGUUCAGUCCACCUCAGCCGGUCCCUCCUGGUCAGAAUCAGAACAUGAAUAUGGGUUCUGGAUUCAUGCCGAUUCCUAUUUACAAUAUGCAGGGUCUGAGUUUGCCUCAGUAUCCAAACUCACCACCGAAUCAGAAUAGCGAGAUGAUGGCUUAUCAGCAAAAUCUUCAGCGCGCUUUUCUCCAGAGAGCGAUGGCUCAAAAUAUUCAAAUUCAGCAACAGAUCUUGGCCCAGAAUCAGGCUUUGCAUCAACUUUUGGUCCAGAGUCCACAAAAUUCGUCUCAACCGGAAACGAAUGAAGCAGAUCAGUGGUCGCCAGAAAAACGCGCCAUGCCCUCGCACUCAACGCCAAUCAGUCAAAGACAAGAAACCGUGAUGGUGAAAGCUCAAGUUCAUCGAUCUCAGAGUCCACCAAAGAAAAGCGCGGAACAGAGGAAAGCGAGUGUCGAGUACGGACCUCGGAAAAUUAGCAUGGAUAGAAAAAAUUUCAACUCAACGCCUGAUCUGAAAAGAACCGGAUCCAAUAGAGGAAACGUUCAGAAUAAUUUCACUAAUGUUUUGAGUGAAUUGAAGAAUAGGAAGAGUAGUGCAGAUAAUGGUCCUGUUUUUAAUAAGGGCGUUCCUCCUCCACCACCUAUGCCGCCACCUUUGGAGUCUCAUGAUCCUUCGGAAUCGAGGCCGUUUUUGGAUCCUUAUGGAAGGGCAAAAACGGUCCGAAUUGGUAAAUGGAGGUGGCCUCCUCCGAGUGACUCAAACGAAGUUCAAAACCAGGACAGUUUCAUGGAGUUCAAAAUGCGACAACAUCAUCAACAAAGGAAGAUCACACCCCAGUAUCAGGAAUACCAUCAGGAUGGAGAACCGAUGACUGAAGGUGGCGUCGAAUGGGAAGAAUUUGAAAUUGAAAAUAUCACCAACAGUGAAGAACGAACUAUUGUCGUUCACUCUUCUGCUGCCGUGAUCACAAGACAUGAAAAUGGCUACAAAGAAGAUAACGAUAAAAAGAAGAAGAAAAAGUCUGGGUUUGAAGUAGGAGCACAGAGGCCUUCUCCAGGAAGCGUAGGAAAGUUGAAACUCAGUUCAGAAAUGAGACAAAGGCUCGAAAAGGUGACGGCGAAUCACAGCGUUAGAUCAACAAAGACUACAGAAAAACCGGCACUUCCAAGAGAAGAUGGAAAGGUCAAACGAUUAGAAGAUAAUAGGAAGCUUCUUCUUGAACAACAACUAGGUGGGAGAUGGGAUGAUUAUGCAUCGACUGCUGAUGACACACAAAGCAUAACAUCGAAAGGAACGACGGAUAUGAUGACGCAAGCGCAGGUAGUGAAGACUCAAAUUGAAAGGAUGGAGAGGCCGAUUCCUCCGCCUCCGCCGAUUACGCCUCCACAACCACCAAGUCCAAGGGGUGGAAGUGUAUAUAGCAACAGCCAAUCUGGAGUUCCUCAACCAAAAUCGCCUCCCGCGCCCGUGGAGCCUAAAAACCGAGACAUAUUCCGAAGUUCACCAGACUCCGACACUUUCGACCAUUUUGCGAAAAAUCAACGCGACAUGUUUAGCCAAAGUCGCGAUAUUUUCGCCUCUCAACAGCAUUUACGCCAGAAUCAUGAAUUCCAGACCGAUUACGAUAAAUCCCGAAUGCAGGACCCUAAAUCCAAGGAUUAUUACGGAAAAGAUAGCACAGAUUUGGCAAGUUCUAUGAGAGAUAGAAACUCAGAUUUUGAUUCCCGCAGGGACAUGAACUCGGACAUCUUCUCCGAGGCAAAGUACACCAGGGACAUCUUCGAAAACAGCAAUUCAAAACGAGAUCCCUUCGGAAUGACAAGAGACGUUUCUCCUAAAUCAAGAGACAGUUUCGGAAUGCCAUCUCCUCGAGAUUUUGGCGUUGUUCCCAACACGAGAGAUUCCUUCGCAGUUGCUCGUCAAAGCUUCAAAAAACUAGACUCGGAAAUCGACAGGAGAUCUAGCGUAGCUUCCACUCAUCGAACCGAUAAAAUGGAACGAAUCGAGAUAGAAGAGUGGCCAGAGUUUUUGAAACCUGUUCUUCCUCCUGCUGAUAAACCGGAAAUCGAGAAGGUCCAGGAGAUUGUUGAUACCAAACUCUAUCCUCAAGCUUCUCAGGCCCACUUCACCUACAACAGAGUCAGCUGGACCUUGAGGGUCAAGAAGGAAGUCUUCGCGCCCAAUGAAAAUUUGACAACGCCACUUGCAUUGCAUUUAGUCUUUUGCCAAGUUGCUUAUGAUGUCCUGGCUACUUCCAAUAUCCGGAUUUCGAAAGAAGACAGACAGAAUAUGCUGAAACUCCUGGACAACUAUGGAAUCACUUUGGAUAAUCUCCAGAGCACUCAGCACAAGAUAACGAUGAAGAAGAACGUCGUUGAUUUGGCGAAACAGUGGCCGCUUUACUUCGCGAGGAUAUUCCCCGUUUCGAUUGGACCCCAAAACCCGGAAGUUCAACACAUCGCAGUUUCUCAUCAUGGUCUACGUUUGAUAAAAAGAAACUCAAAUGGACAUCUGACAAUUCUGGAAACUCUACCUCUGGAAGACAUUGUUUCUGUAGGAACAUCAAGGGCAGGAGUAUGCACUUUACAAGUUUCCUCUGGAGUCAGACUUCCUCUUCACACGAAUAGAGCGCCCCAACUUGCGGACAUGAUAGGCAGAUACAUCCGACUGGUCGACCAUAAACCGUCGCACAAGUCGAUUCAUCACGAGAACCACGUCUCGCAGAUCACCAAGUCGAUUCAAUCACAGGCCAAUCACGCACCUUCCCACACGGUCCACAACCAGUCACACAACCAAUCCAAUUUCAAUCACGUAAAUGAUCAUGAAGGCCACUCUUCGGCCACGCGGGUCUCGAACCAUGUAUCAGCUGCAAACCAGAUCAACAACGUGCAUCACCAGAAGAACCAGAUCAACAAAAACGUUCAGAAUCAGGAAUGGCGGCAUCAGGAAGACACUGGAAGAUCACAGGAAGAGAGCAUAUACGAGAGUGGACCUGUCAUCAACGACGGAAAGCAUUCGUUGUUGCAAUAUGCAAUGCUCAAUUUCAGACAGAGCACCGAAAAAUUCGAGUUGUUGAAGACGGCUGAUGGUUCGAUCAGUGGAUCCCUGAAAGUAAUUGAAUCGUUGAAGAGCAAGAAGAAAAAUAAGAAGAACAAAGGUCAGCAGCAGGAUAGCGCAGAGUGGACCUGGAAAGAACAGGUGGAUCUGGUUAAGUACUCGGCCAUACCUAUUGAGCAGAGUCUUCUGCGUUUGGACAACGAGUUGAGUGCCCUUGCUAUAGAAUGCUUCCUGUGCCUGAUGAGGUACAUGGGCGAUCAGCCACUUCCGCCCGACAUGAGCGAGGUGAAGUGUGUCUACACAGUACUAAUGCAUUGCCAUAAAUUCGAACAACUUCGUGACGAGGUCUACUGUCAAUUAAUGAAACAAACGACGAACAAUAAGAGUCCAAAUCCCGACAGCUGCCAACGAGGAUGGAGAAUUUUCAGCAUUGUCGCUGCGUAUUUCACAUGUAGCGAUGGACUCAAACCCUAUCUAACCAAAUAUCUCGAGACUUCUGCUUAUGACAAAAGGCGAGCCUAUCACGGAACCGCCACUGUCUGUCUGCAAAAUUUAAGAAAGACAGUUAAAUACGGGGGCAGAAAAAACGUUCCAAGUGUCGAGGAAAUUAUGGCAAUUAGUGCCGGGCGAAAUGCCAAGAGACAGAUUUAUAGAUUGCCAGGAGGAACUGAGAGAGUUAUAAACACCAAGUGUACCACUGUUGUCCAGGAUGUCAUCGAAGAAAUGUGCAGCGUGAUAUCCGUAAGAAAUCCGAAUGAAAUGGAUGAAUUUUCACUUUACUGUAUCGUUGAAGGCGACGCUUUUACGAUGCCAUUAGCCAGGGAUGAAUACGUACUUGAUGUGACUACUGAACUUUAUAAAAAUCAUCAAGUGUUCUACUUAAUAUUCUGCAGAUCAGUUUGGUAUUAUCCUCUUCGCCUCGAUGCCCCAUUGUACAUAGAAGUGGUUUUCAAUCAAAUCGCUCCCGAUUAUUUGGAAGGACUCCUGUUAGUUUUACCUGGCGAUCACUUGCCCCAGGAAGUCAUCUACGACAUGGCCCAAAUUGCAGCCCUUUUGCACAGAGCAGCGGAUAUGACACACGAGCCAACCACAAAGGAGGUGAAAUACCUUCUCCCCAAACCAGCGCUAAGUUUGAGAGAACCCAGACCGCAGCAAUGGGGCAACAUGGUCCAACAGGCUUGGAAUAAUAUCAUGCAUAAUACGCCUGCGGGCUGCAAAGCUCAAGUUCUUGAAAUACUGUCCAAGUGGCCCCUCUUUGGAUCCAGUUUCUUCGCAGUGAAAAGAGCACCAGAAGGAAAAGAAAAGGGCGGAGAUCACAUCCUUGCUCUGAAUAGACACGGGGUUCUCUUUAUCGACCUCAUCACUCAUGAAACACUAUAUCACUAUCCAUAUUCCGAGGUAAUUUCGACUCGCAAAGUGAAAUCGGAAGAGGGCACUUUGUACCUGGACAUGAAAUGCGGAAAUCUGAUGCAGCAGCGAAUCACGCGACUCCAAACUGAGCAAGCCCACGAGAUUUCGCGGUUGAUCAGACAAUAUAUCACAAUGGAGCAGAGAUCCACGAAUAAUCUGGGUCCUCCCAUGGUCUUCGAUCGAUUUAGAUAAGUCAAUCGUCAAUUGUCAAUCUAAUAAUCUAAGUUUAACCAGAAAAGAAUCUCGCCCGAAAGGUUCAGCCAUUGUUCUUAAUGCGAAGACGGCGUUCAUUGGAGAGAAUAACGGUUCCAGAACAAAAUGCUCAAGUAAUUAAUCGAAUUAUCGAUAUUGUAAAUACGCGUAGGCACGGUUAGAUAAAGAAAAAGAAAAUGAAGAAGAAGAAAAGGAAGAAGAAGAAGAAGAAGAAGAAUGAGGACCAAGGCAUGUCGAGCCAAGAGUCCAGCUCAGAAUUUAGAUUAGAACUGGUUAGUUCUCUCAGAAAUUUGUCUUCCGAUCGUUUUCUCAGUUUAUUGUCCAUGUAAUUUUUCGCACUCGGAUGAUGCAAGAAAGUCAUGAUUGAGGCGUGAACGAGUCGUAGUUAUUAAAAUAAUAAAUUAGCCUAGAUGUACGCAUUCUGGAAAGAGAGGAAGAGAUCUGCAGAGUCUUUAAUUUAGUACCGAGCGUUUUUUAUUUAUAAAGUGUAAGAAAAAACGGAAGGUAGGUAGUUGUCCGUUGUUAGAAAAUAUAAACACUAAUCUUAACGAUUACGAUGUUAAAGCGAAGACUAACAGUUUGCGAUUAUUACAGAUUACAUUAAUGAUAAUGUAUGUGUAUACAUAUUGUGUAAUGUCGGAGAGAUAUAAAUUUUUAUUAAAAACUUUAU